AUGGACGAAGACUACGACGUAAUUGUAUUGGGUACAGGCCUCACCGAAUGUGUCUUGUCAGGCAUUCUUUCUGUUGAAGGGAAAAAAGUCCUUCACAUCGACAGACAGGAUUUCUACGGUGGUGAGUCCGCAUCAUUGAAUCUUACGCAAUUGUAUAGCAAGUUCAAGCCAUCUGCGCAGAAACCCGAAUUGAAAGGUAGAGAUCGGGACUGGUGUGUUGACUUGAUCCCCAAAUUCCUUAUGGCCAAUGGUGAGUUGUCGAAUAUCUUGGUGCAUACUGAAGUGACUCGUUACAUUGAGUUCAAACAAAUUGCAGCAAGUUAUGUUUACAGAAGCGGAAGGAUCGCCAAGGUGCCAGCAACAGCAAGCGAGGCUUUGGCAUCCUCGUUGAUGGGUAUUUUCGAGAAAAGAAGAAUGAAAAAGUUUUUGGAGUACAUACAAAACUAUGACGAGAAAGACACCUCUACACACAAAGGGUUCGACCUUGACAAGAACACAAUGAACGAGAUAUACACAUACUUUGGAUUGGAGAGCGGAACCAAGGACUUUAUUGGCCAUGCUAUGGCGCUCUGGUCAACAGAUGACUAUUUGAGUGAACCGGCAAGACCAACGUACGAAAGAAUCUUAUUAUAUGCGCAAUCAGUGGCCAAGUACGGAAAAUCGCCAUAUAUUUACCCACUUUACGGUUUAGGCGAAUUGCCACAAGGAUUUGCUAGAUUAUCUGCCAUCUAUGGUGGAACGUAUAUGUUGGACACUCCAAUUGAUGAAGUCAUUUACGAAGGAGAAGGCGCAGACAAGAAAUUUGCAGGAGUCAAGACCAAAGAAGGUACAGCAAGAGCUCCAAUAGUUGUUGCUGACCCAACUUAUUUCCCAGAACUUGUUCAAAAGACGGGCGCAAGAGUCAUUAGGGCUAUCUGCAUCUUGGACCACCCAGUCCCAGGCGUUGACUUGGAUUCAUUGCAAAUCAUUAUCCCUCAAAACCAAGUGGGAAGAAAGCACGAUAUAUACAUUGCAGUAUUAUCUGAUGUUCACUGCGUUGUGCCAAAAGGUCAUUUCCUUGCCAUUGUUUCAACCAUCAUCGAGACUGAUGCGCCACAUGUCGAAUUGGAGCCAGCUUUUAAGCUUCUAGGACCAAGAGUCGACACACUUAUGGGAAUUGCUGAACUAUAUGAGCCAAUCAAUGAUGGUAAGCAAAAUGGUAUCUUCCUUUCCAAGAGUUACGACGCAUCAUCCCAUUUCGAGUCUGCUACUGAUGAUGUCAAGGAUAUUUACACUAGAAUUACAGGCAAACCAUUAGAGUUGAAACAAAGGCCAAAGGAAGAUGGGGACGAAACAAAUGUCAUACCAUAG